AUGGUGCGCUCGCUAUAUGACCAGAUUGAACUUAGUGAGAUUUCCCACUUAGGGCCAUCUCGAUGCCCUGAGACUUCACCUUCUUUUCAGGUUAAGAGCUAUCCUUUGGAUGCUUCCUUUUCCUUUUCUCGCUUUGUUGAUUUAUGGCACUGGGUCUUUUCUGGGCUAAUCGGAUCUGAAACCGCGUUUGUGGUAUUUCCAAAUUACGCCCCCUGCAAUGGUUUACAAGCGAUUCAAUACGAAAGCUAUGUAUCGUCGACUGCAAACCUUCAACCAUUCCCCCUCUCAAAGGUUGCUUCCCACAAAAUCCAUUGCGCUGUGUUUCGUUCUGAUUAUGAGUACUCUAAUGAACAAUUUGCUUCCAGGAACCAUUCCCCUUUGAAUUCUUUUCUCAAUGGUUUCUCUGACUUAAUGUCAUUUCGCAAUCCUACUUUUGACAUUGAUGUUGCUUUUGUAUAUUCUCCUUCUUCUUUAACUUUGCGUUGGGAUUGCCAACGAUUCUCUUCAGAAAUCGCAGACUAUAUUUUCAAAAUGAUCACUCAAAAAGGAAAAAACAAAAGUUUACCUUUGUCUCUUCUAAAUCCGGAUCCAGUGGAUCAUUUAGAGUCGAAGGACUCUAACAAAAUCACCGUGGAUUCGUCCCCUUACUUACAUGGGUGCUUCUAUCACAAUGUCCUGUCGAACCCAACUCAAGAAGCUCUCAACUUUGUCUAUUCGCAUAAUGACUCCUCUUCUGAUUCUACGUCGUUUACUUUUCAAGAGCUUCAUUCUUUCGCAUUCACCCUCUCAAAGUCCAUCCCUUUUCAAGAUAAAGUUGUCCCAAUCAUGAUUCCUCAUUCCCCAAGCCUUUUCAUUGCCAUUUUAGCUGUCUUGUAUAGUUCAAAUGCAUAUUGUCCCAUAGACGUUGAAACAGUUUCGGAUCGAGUCCAAUUUAUAUGUAAAGAUACAGAUGCAAGCUUGGCAAUUGUCGAUCCAGCACUUGCAGAAAGAUUUUCUAACUCCGUGGACCUGCUUCAGUUUUCCGAUCAAAGUCUUCCCAGUUUAAAGACUAUUGAUCCCAUACCAUCGAUUCGCUUUACGUCUUCUCCUGACUCUACCGCGUAUGUACUAUAUACAUCCGGAUCUACAGGAACUCCCAAAGGUGUCCCUAUUACCCACAGGUCAGCCGUCAAUUCUAUCUUUUCUCAUUCUUUUCUUUAUCCAAAGUUUGGUGUGUCUCGGGGCGAUAAGUGGCUCCAAUUUGCCAACUUAACUUUUGAUGUUUCGGUUUAUGAAAUCUUUGGUAAUUGGAACAUGGGACUUUCUUUAGUUACCUCAACGAGACAAAAUCUUGUGGGAUGUUUAGAAUUUUUAAUUCACGAUUUUGGAAUCACUGCGCUAGAGCUAACGCCGACUGUUGCCAACGUGAUUUCAGUCGAAGAAAAUAUUCAUCUACUUAGAAAUGUCCGCAUGUUGCUUUCCAUUGGCGAGCUUCUAACAAAACGGGUAAUCGACUUUUGGGAUGACCGACUUGUCAAUGCUUAUGGUCCAACGGAAGCUGCUAUACAUGUUACGCUCAAUCCUUCGCAAAGAUUUACUUCUGUAUAUUUGGUUGGUGCUCCCUUAGCUGCUGCAAUGCUUUGUAUAUGUAACACCCAAUCCGACUCAUCAAGUUACCCUAUCACUGAAGAUGGAUUCCUUGGUGAAGUCUGUAUCGCCGGCCCCCAGCUCUCCAAAGGAUACCUUAAUAGGGAAGAAUUAAACAAGAAAGCUUUCACUACUGCAUUUGAUCACAAUGGCCGAUCUUAUUGCAUAUACAGAACAGGUGAUUGCGGUCGAAUCAUUAACGGCCGUCUCUAUAUAUAUGGUAGAAUUAGCGGUGACAUGCAAGUCAAGAUAAGGGGAAGAAGAGUAGAGCUGGGAGAAAUUGAAUCCAAAUUGGCUCCUGCUGCUCAAUCUUUGGCUGUCGAAAAAAUUGAUGAGCGUCUGGUAGCCUUUUUUGUCGGAAGUGAAGAGAACGUCAAAAACCAAGCUGAAACAAACUUGCAGGCUUGGAUGAGGCCAACAGAUUAUGUUUCCGUUGAAACUCUUCCUUAUCUUCCUAGCGGUAAAACGAACCGCAAAGCUUUGAAAGCUCUAUUCUCUGCGCAACCAACCAAGGAACAAAACGAUGCUUUAUCAAAUCAAAACGAAGAAGUAGUGGCGCAAGUCCUUAAAAAUCAUUAUCAUCGCAAGUUCCAAGAAUAUCCUAAUGUCAACCGUUUUACUUCGAUUUUCGAGCUAGGUUAUGAUUCAUUAGAUGCAGUUCAGUUAUCGCGCUCUUUCUCCAAGUUAGGCUACAAAAUAUCUUUGUCAAAAUUGCUCUCAUCACAUGUCGUUGAAAACAUCGCUAAAGAGUUGGCCCCUAUAAUUCCUUCCGAGAAUAAAAGUGCCGCGCAAAUUGAAUCAAGCGUAUGUACCGAUCUACAAAAAGGAAUGCUGUACGAAUCUUUGAUAAACAACGGUGAAGUUUACGUAAAUCAUGAUGUACUGAAAAUCAAUGCCCCUGUCGAUGAAGUCGAAAAGUCUUGGCUUCAAGUACUAAGAUGUCACCCUUUAUUGAGAAGUUCAUUUCAUUUAGAUGAUAAACAAGGCUUUAUUCUUCGUGUUCAUCAAGAGGCUUCACCAAUCCUUACAUAUUCCGAGCAUCCAUUCACGCAGACUCUAAACCAUUUUGAAAACUUUAGCUUCACUGAAGAGUUUCUUAGUCGUGGUCCGUUGGAUGCUCGAAUAAUAUACAAUUCAAGUGAGUGUUAUUUGAGCAUUAUUUGGCACCAUGCCCUAUAUGACGGUUGGUCUUUGGAUGUCAUAAGACAGCAACUUGAACUAUUACUAAAAAAGAAACCAUUACCUAUUUACUCACAAUUUGUUGAAUACGUAAGGGAAUUGCAUUUUACCAAGCAGCGAUCUAUGGAAGAAAAUAUGCAUUUUUGGAAAGACUAUUUGAAAGGUUCCAAAACGAAGAGCUUAAAGCAGAAAACCAAGAACUCUUCUUCUGUUUUCGGGGAAACUAAACUUAAGUCUGCACACAUAGAUGAUUAUUGUAAAUCAUUGCGCAUAACACCUUUAUCAUUUUUGUUAACAGCAUGGUCGGCAGUGAUGUCCAAACAUACCGAAUGCCUGGAUAUGUUAAUAGGUACCGUCAUAUCCGGAAGAAUGAAUAAUUCUAUUGAAAAUAUUGAUCAAAUUGUUGGUCCAUGCAUGCGAACCCUUCCUGUUAGGAUUGUACUUUCGGAACAACUUACACAUCAGCAAAUUUGCCAGAACACAUUAUCAAGUUUAACUUCAAUUCUUGAUCAUACCUCAGUGUCUCUGGCUGAUAUACAAGAUUUUCAUGAGAACCCUGUCCAGCUAAAUAGUUUGCUAAUUCUACAACAAUCGACUGUUACCCUUGACGAUAGCAUCGUCACAUCCAUUUCAUCUACUAAUAAAACCGAGUAUCCACUUCUAGUUGAAGUGGAAAGGCAUGAAAAUUACAGAAUAAAGAUUACUGGAAAAUUUGAGAAUGAAUUCUUGGAGACAUUGGUACACGAUCUCCAAAAUAGCAUAAACAAGACAAUUUUACACGCUGAUGCUUUAUUCACUUUUACUCGUAUUUCAACUGGUACUGAUGGUACAAAUGACGAUAUUGAAGCUCUUGAUAAUUUUGAUGAUGUAUACGAAAAUGAAGACUUAGUAAGGUCUACCCUGUCGAAACUUUUGAAUAAGCCGUUCCAUUUGGUUGACCGCUAUGAGAAUCUGCAGUUAUAUGGACUUGACUCUUUGAUGCUGCUACGUGUCUUUUCUGAUCUACGGAAACAAGGAAUUCAGGAUCUGAACUUCUCACAAAUUGGAUCUUACCCUUCCGUAACUACGCUAUGUCGAAUGAUUAGUACAAAAAGGGUCUCUUCUAUUCAAAAUAAAAAAUCAUUGGAGUUUUAUAGACCGGAGGACUUGACUGAAUCUUUAGUAAGUAGUUCAAAUAUUGAGGAUGUAUUUCCUUGUUCCCCUAUGCAGCUAGCGCUGCUUACCAGCACAGAAAAGAAUGGAAUGCAUUUUUAUUACAAUAAAUUUCUCUUUGACAUUGGUGAUCAUUCAUCUUCAACUGUGCUAGAUAUUUUUGGAAAGCUAACUCAAAUGUUUCCAAUCCUUCGAACUUGCUUUUAUUUGACACGCUCUUCCAAAUACCCUUACUGUCAAGUCAUUUUAAAAAAUUCUAAUUUUGGUUAUGAAGAAGCUUCUUACCUGGACAACCAUUUAACUUCCUAUAAUGUAGAGCCUGUCCCAGUCGUUGAUUCAGGAAAAGUCCCUCUGCGUCUCCAGUUUCUUUCUGGGUAUCGGAAGAACUAUCUUCUUAUAUACAUGCAUCAUACAUUAUAUGAUGCAUGGAGCUUCAGAAUUAUUUUUGAUCAACUGGCCAAAUUGUCUAGGGCGGAACAACUAACUGUCUCACCUUCAAUGCGACCUUAUAUUGAGUAUUUACAUCUAACUAAUGACGAAACGAAGAUGCUUACCUGGAAGCGUAUUUUUGAUAACUUUAAGCCCGUUCCAUUCCCACGCGGUAUGACCUCUGAUAAAAAAGAAAGUUACGUGAAGCGAGUACCGCUUGAUUACUUAAAAUUAAGAAACAUAUGCUCACAAAAUUUGGUCAGCACAUCUUCCUUUUUGCAAGUAUGCUGGGCUAAGACGCUCUCAUUGAUUACUGGUAGCAAAGAUGUUUGCUUUGGUAAUGUUGUAAGCGGACGCAACAUUCCAGUCAAUGGCGUGGAUAGCCUAGCAGGGCCUACUUUCAAUUCAGUUCCUUUAAGAGUACUUUUUUCCGAUGAUGAUAAUCAGUUCAUACCUAUACAGAGACUUGAAUCACUUAAAAAGCUGACUAAAAAUUUGGAGCUGAACUCGGCCAUUGAUAUAGGUAAACUGUUGGAGGUUUCAGCUAACGUGCCAAUGUUUGACACAAUAUUUAUUAUCCAAAACGGUUCUUUUGAAUCAAAUUUUGAACCCUGGAAGCUGAUUGACGAAGAACUACAAAUGGACUUUGAGUAUAUGUUGGAAUUAUACCCGAAUGAGGAAGAUCAGGUUCUUUCUAUUAUGGUUACUGGAGAUCGCCGUAUCGUACAUCGUGUUUGUGAUCUUUUUGUGAAUAUCAUAAACUUUAAUCUAUACGAAGCUAAUGAGACUGCUCUCGGAAGUUAUUUACGGAUCAGGGAACUUCUUUCAAUACACGAAGCGGAUAAUACUGCUGGGUCACGUCCUGCUAGUCUUUUAGAGUUGCUAGGUAGCUCUAUGUCUGCUUAUAGUAACAAUAAGGCGAUUCGGUAUAUUGAAACCAAUGAUCAAUUGAGAAAUAUGUCUUAUGCCGAUUUAAACUUUUUCUCUAAUCGUUGGGCAUCUUGGUUACUAGCUAAAGGUGUUUCGUCAAGUAAGACCUUGAUUUCUUAUAUGGAGAAGUCAUUUGAUCAUUAUUGUGUUAUGCUUGCAUGUAUAAAACUAGGAGUCAACUUUUCUUCAGUUGACUCGUCCUUAAGUCAUGGUAAUUUAUUGAAGUACACGAAGAAAAUAAACGCAGGAUUUCUAGUAUCUGAUAAGGAACUUGACAUUAUUGGCACUGUAUGUUUGAGCGUAUUUGAAUUCAGAAGCCAACUCUCUUUCAGGACCGAUACUAGUUUGCCAAAAAAUAACAAGCAUAACAUGUGUUUUUAUUUCCCAAUUGGAGAUAGAGAAAUGAACGCUGUGUCAAUCGAUCAUCGCUUGUUUUUAUAUGCACUUUUGGAUUUUUCCGAUACAAGCAAGGUAGACGAGACAUCUUUAUGGCUUCAGUUUGCUUCAAAUUCGAAUAUCAUGCAAUUGUUUGACUGCUUUACAGUUUGGAUGAAAGGUGCAACUCUAGUGAUCGCUUCCCAGAACCUUCUUGACAAUAAACUUCCAGAAGUUAUUAAGAGUCAAUAUAUAACACAUCUUAAUCUGAACUCUUUAACAGUGUCGAAACUUAACAAAGAUAUAACUCGAUCUGUUAAACUAUUAAUAUCGUACGGAGGGAGGCUUUCGUCUGAAGUGGUGGAACAAUGGAAUGGAAGACAUGUCAGGGUUCAUUUGUUGAAGAACAUAAAGUUCCCAUGCUUCUUAAAUACUAAUUUCUCGAAUAAUACUCGGGAUAUACUUGGCAGAAUGAUUGGAUGCUACAAAGGUCUAAUCGUUGAUCCCCUUGCUAAGGAUAUAGUUCCAAAGUGUGGAUUCGAGGUCAGACAGGUACAUCGAGUUGUCCUUGAUAAGUCUGGGGGUUCCGAAAUUGCCUUUUUAAUGGUUGAUAUGGAUGUUGAAAAACUUGAAGAUUUUAAGAUUCAGUUAUCUUAUUUUUCUAAACACUCGCCGAAUGUUAUAGUGUUAGUCAAAGAUUUGCCUUUAGAUGUUAACGAAGAAGUCGAAGAGGUUUCUUUGAUGGAAAUAUAUAAGAAGGGUCAGUUCAUUCAUAAAUUUAAAAUUUCUGAUCAACUUCAUAAAAUCAAUGCAUCUUCCUUUGUUGAUGAUGUCUCAUCUUUAAUUUCGAGCUUUUUCAACAUUCCUUCACAGACUAUAAAAUUAGAAACGGAAAUCUCUUCACUUGGACUUGAUUCCUUAAGCGCAAUUCAGCUUUCAAGGAUUUUAAGGAAACAAUAUAGGACUAAAAUCUCUGCUUUAGAUGUUUUGGAAAGUACCACGAUUUUUGAUUUAUCCAGGAAGCUACAAAAAAAUAUCGAAAGUCAGCCAGCGGAAUAUGAUGAAAUGAUUGAUAAAUUUGUAGAUGAUAUUAAAGAAUCCGCGAAGCAUCAUUUGCUUACGCUUUCAAAUAUUGAUUGUGUGCUUCCGUGUGUUGAUUCUCAAAAUUCCUUGCUAAGUCAAUUUCAGUCAAGCGGAGGGAAAGCAAAUUUGAAUUAUUUCGUAUAUCGGAUGGAUCAUACACCAUUUGAAGAUUUAUGCAAGCGAUGGGAAAUAGCCAUUAAAAAGAUUUCGAUGUUGCGCACAUACUUUGUAUCUAUCAGUAAUCCACAAAGUCCGUUUGCCCAAGUUACCCUUGAAAAUAUAAACCCCCCAUGGCACUUACGAGAGCAAAUGAUUGAGGUUGAGGACGCUGUUUCAAUAGCUCUAGACAAUUUAAAACAGGCAUUAUUAUCGGAUAUCACUACUAUUCCUUAUACCUUGUCAUUUAUUAGGACUAAUAAAAAUGAAAAUUACUUCAUUUUGGUUAUGCAUCAUGCUAUUUUCGACGAGAGAUCUUUGAAUCAUACAUUAAGAAUUGUGGAACAUGCAUUGGAAUCAGAAAAUAAACUACCUUCUCACGAAGCGAUCACUAAAAAAAUUCUUGCUUACAAAUUACGUUCUAAUGAAAGCAAGGCAUUUUGGAUAAACAAUUUAGAAGGGUUUACUCCACUGUUAUUUCCCAAUCUCUGUGCUAAUCGCUAUUCGAGUGAUGCCAGAUCUAUCACGACUAAACCAUCUUCACUUGAUAUUUCCAAAUUUAAAGAAGUCUGCGGGAAAUUUAAUAUCAGUAUUCAGACAUUGGCUCAGCUUGCUUGGGCGAAACUCUUAAGCUCAUACUGCUCUGAAGAUUGUAUAACGUUCGGUUUGAUUCUCUCUGGGCAAACACUCAUUGAAGAUGAAUCGGAUGCUAUAUUCCCUACUCUAGCAACUAUACCCUUUGCAGUAAACGUUUCUGGUAGUGUUAGUGGCCUUUUAAAAGAUAUACAAGAAAAAAAUAAGGGAUAUCUUAAACACCAAUACACACCAUUGUCUCAUAUAAAAAGAUGGCUUAAUUUGGGUGGUAAUGAAACAUAUUUUGACUCACUUUUGUCUGUGCAAGUCGAAGACGACACAAUUAUACCUUUGAAAAUGUUCACAGAUGAAAUUGAUAGCCAGUCUUUUUUGGAGAACACUGUUGCCAUUGAAUUGCGAGUAUCGUCUUCAAGCUCUGAAAUUGUUCUGAACUCACUUGACAGAAGCAUUCCUAAGAAGCAUGCCGAACUAAUCGUCGAACAAUUUGAUGGACUGUUGAAGCUGAUAAUGAGCCAUAUAAAUGAAAAUGUUGAGACUCUUGAACGAUUUUUACCUACUAAGCUUCUCUCCGUUCUUCCUGCUAGAGUUCAAGAUUACCCAUGCGAAGUGAAAUUUCUACACGAGUUUGUUGAAUAUUACGCUCUUAGAUUUCCGUCUAACUUAGCACUAGAGUUUGCUGACCAAAUCUCUUUGAAUGAUUACGUGUCAACGAAAUUUACUUAUUGGGAGCUUAAUUGCAGAGCUAAUCAACUUGCUCAUACCUUGAAAACAUAUGGAUGUAAAACCGGAACUAUUAUUUCUGUCUAUUUCGAUAAAUGCAUUGAGGCCUUUAUUGCUAUACUGGCAAUCCUUAAAGCAGGCUGUUGUUUUCUAGCUCUUGACGUGACGGCUCCGCUAGAACGUAUAAAAUUCAUUGUUGAUGACUCCCAGUCAGGUCUUAUUAUUUCAUCCAACGAUCAGCUGGAAAAACUUCAGUCGGCAAACGUAUGUGUUACAAUACUUAAUGCCAGUGACCAUGACAUUUACGACCCUAAUAGCGAAAACUUAAUUCUAGAUGAUUUAGACGAAUCAAACUUGGCUUAUGUUUUAUAUACUUCGGGAAGUACUGGCAAACCUAAAGGAUGUUGUCUAACGCAUAAAAAUGUGGUUCAAACUAUGAUGGCCUUCCAAUACCAAUUCUUAGGGAAAUGGAAUUCUGACUCGCGAUUCCUUUCAUUCGCGUCUCUGCAUUUCGAUGUAAGCGUGCUUGAGCAAUACUUUAGCUGGAGUACCGGCACUUGUCUUGUUGCGGCUCCCAAGAAUCUAAUCUUGCAGGAUAUCCCUACUGCUGUUCGCGUUCUUAAAAUUUCUCAUAUUGACUUAACACCUUCGUUAGCAUCAAUUUUAAAUCCGGAUAACGCACCUUAUCUCCAAGUUUUCAUUACCGGUGGUGAGCAAAUUAGGCAAGAAGUAAUGGAAAUAUGGGGUGAUACGGGAAUACUGUAUAAUUUUUGGGGACCUACCGAGCUGACAAUUGGAGCCAGUGCCUACCGUGAAUUACCCAAGAAUGCUCGGACUUCAAAUAUUGGACCCCCUUUCCCUAAUUGUAGUACUUACAUUAUUUCUCGCAAAACUAAUUUGCCAGUUCUGUUGGGUGCCAUUGGUGAAAUCUGCAUGGGAGGAAAUCAAGUGGCUAAAGGCUAUUUAAAUCUACCGAAGCAAACUGAAGAAAAAUUCUGUUUUUAUGACCAGUUUAACGACAGGGUAUAUUAUACCGGCGACUUGGGUCGUUUAUUGAGUGAUGACUCUUUGGAAUUCGGUGGACGGGUUGAUGACCAAAUAAAAUUGCGAGGUCAAAGAAUAGAAAUAGGAGAGAUUAACUCUGUACUGAAGGCUUCUUCCGAAAAUGUCCUGGAUGCUUUUACUUUCGCUUUGGAUCAUCAUGCUCUCCACAAGACUCAAUUAAUUUCAUUUAUCUAUGUGGGAGGCAAGAAUAAUGAUUCCUUAUUUAAUCUGGAUAAGAGUUCUAUGGAAACGAUACAGAUUGCUGACGAAUAUUGCAAUUCUCAUCUUGCAACAUACAUGGUUCCUACGUUCCUUAUUCCAAUCAAUUGGGUUCCUCUUACUCCUACUAAUAAAUUCGACAAAAAGAAGAUAGUGGCUGAAUUUCAAAAACUUACUCAGAAUCAGUUAUCUCAACUCUAUCAAAACAAGAAGACUGAGAAAGUGGAGGAAGAAGUUUGCGAUCCUAAGAUUUUGCAAAUAAUUGCGAAGUUUUUGAACUUAAGUAUAUCAGACUUCAAGGCCUCAACUUCAAUUUUUGAACUUGGCAUAGACUCCAUAUCCGCUGUUUCACUCGCAGCUAUGUUGAGAGAAAAUGGGUAUCGUUCGGCUUCUCCCGUGCAACUGUUAAAUUCUGUUAGCAUAUCGAAAAUUAGUAAGUCACUUAAUAGUAACUUCUCUGACAAAGAGACCACGGACGUUCCUAUUGAAACCAAGCUUUACCAAAGCUUUGAACAGAUCGAUCUUGCUGAAAGAGUUAUACCUUGUUUACCGCUUGUUGAAGGUUUACUAUUUGAACUUGAAAGGGGAAGAAGAAGUUUGUACUUUAAUACUUUUACGUUCAAGUUUCACAACGAAGAACAGGCUAAAUUGUUUGAAAAUGAUCUAAAACACUUUAUAAAGAAGGUUGAGGUCCUUAGGUCUUCUUUCAUCAAAUCCGAAUAUGGUUACUUUCAAGUAAUAUGGAAGCCAGAAGUUCUCAAUACGGUCAAUAAUUUAAAAAUUAAGAACUGUGUUUCUCCCGUGAAAAUAUUCGCUGACCACAGAAAUGGGAUACAUCACAUUUCUUUAGAAUUGUUUCAUGGAGUUUAUGACGGAUGGUCUUUAGACAUUAUUUUGAACGAUCUUGCUAGGUUUAGUCAAACCCGAGAGUUACCUGAGCGUCCUUUGUAUUCAUCGGCUGUUCUCGAAGUCCUGAAUCAAAGCUCUAAGUUGGAUCAUGCUUCUUUCUGGUCAAAGCUUUUCAGGAACGGGGUUAGUAAACUCCCUCAAUUCAGUGAUGGGUUACCCGAACCAAUGGUUUUUUCGCAUAAGUUAUCUAUGUCAAACCUACGACUCCAAAGUAUCUGCAGAUCAUAUUUCAAAACGCCGGUGUCAAGUCUUUUUUUAACAGCAUGGCUAUGUUUUCUUAAUAGUCAUUUUCUUGUUACUACGGUCGGUACUGUCGUUUCUGGCCGCUCGAAUCAAAUAAAUCAUUUGGAUGUAAUAGGCCCAAUGUUUAAUACCGUACCCUUCCCGUUCUUCAUAGAUAGUGAAUCGUCUUUCGAAGAACUUGUCAGCUCAACACAGUCCGUUUUGUCUUCUAUGCUUCCCUUUCACCAUACAUCCCUAAGAGAGGUAAAGAAAUGUCUUCAAUUGAAGGAUCUCUUCAAUGUUCUAUUCGUUUACACACAUCAUGAAAAGGAUACUCCUGACCAGAAGAUCAAUUGGGACAUGGAAAUAAAAAGUACCGGCACUGAAUUUCCAUUAGCCUUCGAAGUUGAAAAAUCAAAGGAUGAUACGUUAAUAAUUAAUUUAGCAACUUCUUAUAAAUAUGUGGAAGGUCUUGAAACUUCUUCCCUUCUAGCCAUGUUCGAAGAAUAUUUUUUGACGGUCAUAAACGAGCCCAACACGACUUUUAAACCUCAAGAAGCUAAUGCUUUAAAACAAAGUACUCUUGUUGAGUACGAAAUCCCUGAACAUUGGAACCCAAUUUUACGACUUUUAAUUGAUAUAUUGUCUGAGAAGGUCAAGGUUUCCGUCGAAGAUUUUAAAAAAAAUACAUACAUAUAUGAACUUGGUAUUGACAGCAUUGACUUAAUCUGGCUUUCCUCAAAACUUUCAGCGGCUGGAUCAUCUAAGUUUGACUUGGGCCUGUUUAUGACUGAUCCGACCUUGUUUCAAAUGCUAAAGCUAGUAAAUGAUAACACAACAAGUAUUAAACAGUCAUCGGAGAUUGAUGUGAAAAAGAACGGCUUAGUGGAUAGGACGAAGACAUUGUAUAACACGGAUGAUUAUGAGGAUUGUUACAUGACUACUCAUUUGCAAAGGGGAUUAUUAAUGGAGACUUUGAAUGACUCUUCUCUUUAUCAGAAUAGCGCAAUAUUCCAAAUCGAUUCCCUUAAUAUCGAACGCCUUAAAGAAGCAUGGGUUGCGAUGAUCUAUGACAAUCCAAUCUUGAGAACAAAUUUCAAACUUACUGACAUAGGUAAUACCCCAGCAGUGAUACAGGUAGUUGAGAAAGCUCCUACUUUUGAUUAUGAAUCUCAUAUAAUCAAGGAAAUUUUCUAUUUUGAUGAACUAAAGGAUGCCAAGGAGUAUCUCAAAUUGAAACGUGAUUUUCCUAAUCCAUUUGAGACAUGUCCUUAUAGAGUUACCUUUUUUACUGUCAAGGACAGUCACUAUAUGUGUGUUGAAAUGCACCACGCUUUAUACGAUGGAUGGAGUUUAUCCCUAAUGUACGAUGAGCUGUUGUGUCGUUACAGACACGAGAAUGUCCCAACACGCAGACCAUUUGGUAAAUUUGUUGCUCAAGUCAAUAAUAUUAGUUAUGACUUAGAGUUUUGGUCUACUUAUUUGAAGAACUUGAACGUUAUAAGACCUUUGCGAAGAGUUGGAAAUAAAGGAAGACAUACUUGGGGGGCUUAUUCUUCAGUAUCUUACUUAAAAUUGUUAAGUGCUUCCAAGGUAUAUGGGGUAAGUAUUCAGUCUUUGAUUUUCUACGCUUGGGGAGUCUACAUAAGCCGUCUGUAUCAUUCUUCAGAUAUUAUAUUCCAUACAGUUUUUUCAGGAAGAACUAAAAUUGAAGGCGCCGACAGUGUUCUUGGUCCCUGUAUGAAUACUAUACCCGUUAGAAUAAAGAUUGAAGAUCAAAAAAAGGUGUUGAGGAAACUCACGCGCGAACUAAUUCAACUUUGGAAUCAGCAGCAUACGCCCCUUUCAAUAAUUAACUCAAGUUGCCCACUUCUUCAAAAUGUUCCUGUGCAAAGUAUCCUUGUACAUCAACGUUUACCGAAAGAGAGCGAUGGUGAUAAUGCAUUAAAACUUGUCGAUGAAUCAACAGGUAUCAAUUAUCCUAUUGCAAUGGAAUUUUCAAACACUGAGUCUCAGCUGGAAUGGUUUGCCUCAGUGGACAGUUCUUUCGUUCCGCAUCAAGAUGCUAAAGAUAUGAUUAAUCAGGUUGAUUUGAUUUUGAGUCAUAUCGUUAACGGAAAACUAGAUGUAAAGACCACUGAACCGACAGAUGUAAUCUCUUUCCGAGGGUACAGCAUAAGCUAUUCUGAUUAUAAAGAAGCUUUAAUAGACUCAAGUUCGGAAUUUCGACUUCUUUUGGUUGACGAUCAUACUUCCUUACUGUUCGUUCCUUUCGGUGAAGCCUAUGAUCAAAUUUAUCUACACUUGACCGAUUCUACAAAGAAAUCUUUAAAGAAAAUAGCUAAGGAAUGUCGGAUGAAGUUACCACCUUUCUUGAUGCCAAACUUCUUAGUACCUGUAACGGGCAUCUCAAGGCUACCAGAAGAAAAGGUGCAUGCUGAGCUUCUUAAUUUAUUUAAUUCCUUUUCUGAGGAAGAUACCGAACAAUUACAGGACGUUGUGGAAGUUCACGAUGCACGACUUGAAUCUGUACUUAUACACAAUUUAUCUUCGUCAUUAAAUAUUCCUUCUCAUUUAAUAGAUCGUUCAGUUACAUUUAUGGAACUAGGAUUGGAUUCAGUUCAUGCAAUUAAAUUCAGUUCGUUACUGAGGAACAGUGGUAUCCCGGUAACUGUUCCAAAUAUACUUCAAAACCCUUCAAUUCAAUUCCUUGCUCAUUACAUUUUGUUUGAGUUGGAGGAUUCAACUGAAGAUAAUAAUGUAAUGGAAUUUGGUAACUUACUAGAUACCAUUCCUGGAAGCUCGUCUACAAAACAAAUUAGCAUAGCUGAUAUCUUGCCUUGUUCCCCUGGUCAAUUGUAUGCUUUGAGUGCAUGGUAUAAUACAAACAAACUCAAGUAUUUUACAACCUUCCUUUAUUUGACUGAUAGAAUGAUAGACAUUGAACGGCUUAAGGCUGCAUGGCAGAAACUUGUGAAAAGCUCGGAUAUCCUUCGAACGACAUUUGUGAAAUCAACUAAUGAAAACUUCCAGAUAUUGCAAGUCUUGAAUCACGAAGGCGAUAUACCUUGGCAACAUCAAACAGAAAGUGAAAAAGACGUUGAAGCGGCUUCUUUAGCACUUGUUGAAGAGGAGAUGUAUUUGAAUACUACGCUUAAUGAGACGCCAUUACGCAUCAGAUCUAUUAUAAUUGAAGGAAAGUUAUUGUUAAGUAUAAGCAUUCACCAUGCAUUAUACGAUGGCUGGAGUAUAAAUAUCUUACUCCAGCGUUUGUCAAUAUUAUAUGAUAAUCCACAUUUGGUACCAAUUGAUGAAAGUUCAUCUAAAUCAAUCGUGUCCAAAAUUUACAACUCGAAAUCCAUUACCUCUUCAAAGAGCUUUUGGAGUAAUCAUUUGGCGGGCUGUCAGCCCUGCGUUUUACCAGAAACACUAGGAGAUUCGUGUAAUAAAGAUAUAUACCUGUAUCUUCCUAGCGUCUUUGACGCCAGUUCUUUAUUAAAGAAAGCCCGAUCGAUGAAUAUAAGUUUACAAAGUAUGGCGUUUACGGCUUUUGCAUGCGUCUUGAAUAAAUGGACUAAACAAAAUAACUUUACAUUCGGUGUAUAUGUAUCUGGAAGAUCCCUGAAUAUUCCGAAUGCAGAUUCUGUGUUAUACCCACUUUUUAAUGUCAUACCUUUAAACGUUAAUUUGAACGAAUCUGUUUCAACGCUGGCAAAAAAUAUUCAAAACUUCAUUAUUCAGACGUCAGGUGCUUUACAGCAAUUGAGCGUUAAGGAUCACCCUAUGCCUGGACUAAUUGACAUAACUAUCAACUUUUUUUCAGGCAGUGAAGUUACGGAACCAAAUAUCUUUACUCCCUACGAAUUGAAGACGAAGCCACACUUCGACAAAUCGCGCAAGAUCGUCAGUAGCACUAUAGAUGGGUGCGAUGUCUUGAAAAAUCCUAUGCCCAAACUGGAUUUCGAAUUGGCUGUUCGCAACGGGAUGUUGGACUUGGGAAUAUUUACCCAUUCCUCCAUAUUGUCAGAAAGCAAUUCAGAUAAAUUUGUUAGAGAUUUUCUUACAGUCUUAAAAGGUUUUUAG